GUAACUUAAAAACUUACUACAGCGCGAUGUGUUGCAGAACUUUGGUUAGAAAGUCACUGACACACUGACACACACAAUCGCUAGGAAUCUGAAGUUAGUUCCUUAUGCCAUCUCUGCCACAGAAUUACUGGCCCUCUAUAUCAUGACAAAACAAUGGAAUAUACCGGUUAACGCACUCACGUCUUAAUUUGAAUCUGUCGUUCAUUUGUUUACUGUCGUAAAAACAGCGAAACCAAUAUUUAUAGCAGAGCUAUAUAGAUUUAGUUGAGUUUGAUUGAGUUCAACAUGUAUAUAAAGUCGAUGGUAUUAGAAGGAUUCAAAUCCUAUGGGAAAAGAAUUGAAAUAACCGGUUUCGACAAAGAAUUUAAUGCGAUCACAGGAUUUAACGGUAGCGGAAAAUCAAAUAUCCUGGAUGCAAUAUGUUUCGUUCUGGGCAUCUCGAAUCUUGGACAAGUACGUGCAGCUUCACUUCAAGAUUUAGUUUACAAAUCUGGCCAAGCAGGUAUAAAAAAAGCUAGUGUUACUAUAACUUUUGACAAUAGGGAUAGGAAUGUAUCCCCACUGGGAUAUGAACAUUAUGAGGAGAUAACAGUUACCAGACAAGUUAUAAUCGGUGGUAAAAACAAAUAUUUGAUCAAUGGAUCUAAUGUGCCCAAUAAACGUGUCCAGGACAUGUUCUGUUCUGUCCAACUGAAUGUAAAUAAUCCACAUUUCUUGAUAAUGCAAGGCAGAAUCACAAAAGUCUUGAACAUGAAGCCUGCAGAAAUUCUGUCUAUGAUAGAAGAAGCAGCAGGCACUCGAAUGUACGAGAAUAAGAAAGAAGCCGCUUUGAAAACUAUAGAGAAGAAGGACAAUAAAUUGAAAGAGAUAAAUACUAUUUUAAAAGAAGAACUUGGCCCAAAAUUAGCCAAGCUUAAAGAAGAAAAAACACAAUACGUUGAAUUCCAACGUGUAGAAAGAGAAUUAGAACAUUGUAGAAGAAUCUGUUUGGCAUGGAAAUACGUCACAGCUUUAAGUGAAAGCGAAACGGCAGAGGAGAACGUUCAAGCUAUUAAGGAUAAAAUAAAAGAGAAAACAGAUUACAUUAGUACUGGUGAAGAGGAGCUUAAAAAUAUAGAUAAAGAACUGGAUGAAGUAGCUAGAAAAAGAGAUGCAGAAGCUGGAGGCCAAUUAGAAUCGUUGGAUAAGGAAUUAAAAGAGUUUGAGAAGCGGCAAUGUAAAUUAGCUGCCGAAGCUAAUAGUAGUAAAGAAAGUAUCAAGGCUGCUCAAAAAGCAAUUGACCAAUUAAGAGCUAAUAUAGUCGAUGACGAGAAUGCGUUUACGUUAAAACAAAAGGAAUAUUCUAAAGUCGAAGGUCUUUUUAAGAAUUUAAAGAAUAUGGAUGAACAGGAUCGUGAAGCCGUGUUACGUGCACAAGAAAACUAUCAGAAAGUUAGUGCUGGACUAUUGGCAAACCAAGACGGUGAAAACGCAACAUUAGAACAGCAAUUAAUAAGUGCCAAACAGAACGUGACAGAAGCACAGACGCAGCGUAAACAGUGCGAAAUGUCACUGCAGCAUAAUAGAGAGCAGUUGAAAAGGAAGCAAGUGGAAGUUAAGAAUACUGGAGAUGAAUAUAAGAAAUACACUGUGGAUCUGGAAACUAAAGAGAGAGAAGUGAGUAACUUAGAAAAGAAAUUGAGGAAAUUAAAUUAUGAAGAUGGACACAUAGAGCGUCUUGGGGAACAGAGAAAUGCAUUAAGGCGUGAAAUAAUGAUAUUGGAAGAAGAACUGGCUCAGCUUGAGUCGAGAUAUCCUCAAGUCAGAUUUGAUUAUAAAAAGCCUGACCCCAGUUUUAAUCCAAAUUCUGUGAAAGGAGUGGUGUGCAAAUUAAUUACUGUAAGAGAUAGAAGAGCAGCAUACGCUUUAGACAUCGCUGCAGGUGCAAAGUUGUAUAAUGUGAUAGUAGAUUCAGAAACGAACAGUAAAAAGAUACUUCAACAUGGUCAACUGCAAAGACGCGUUACUAUAAUUCCCUUAAAUAAAGUGAAUGGAAGGCCCAUGGAUAAUCACAUAAUUCAAUUGGCACAGAAAAUAGGUGGUGGUAGUGAAAAUGUUCAGCCAGCACUGUCUUUGAUAGACUUCCCAGCUGAAACUAGAUCCGCUAUGACGUGGAUUUUUGGACAGAUCUUUAUCUGUAAAGACAUGGAUGUUGCUAAGAAGAUAGCAUUUCAUCAGAACAUAAUGAGAAAGUGUGUAACUUUAGAAGGCGAUGUUGUUGACCCUAGUGGUAUUUUAUCUGGUGGUGCAGCGUCAAAAAGUGGAUCAAUUCUCUUAAAGUUGGACGAAUUGAAAGCUUCUUAUACCGCACUCAAUGAAAAACAACAGGCUCUUCAAAACAUCGAAACUAGUUUACAAAAAGUGAACAAUGUGGCCGAAGAGUACAAUUCUUUAAAACAAACAUUGGAUUUGCGGAAUCAUGAAAUCAGUAUGGUGAAACAGAAAUUGCAACAAACGGAGUAUUAUAAAGUGCAAGAAGAGAUUGAGUCUUUGGAGAAAAGUAUCAAAGAACUUUUGGAAAAAAUAAAUGCUACACAAAAAACUGAAACGGAGAGCAUUAAACGUGCAAAGGACUUGGAACAUCAAUUGAAAGAUGCUUCUAACAUUCGACAAAAACAAUUGAAGAAAGCUGAAACUGAGUUAGAAACGUUAAAGAAAAAAGCUGAGAAUAGUCGUAAAGAGUGGCAAAAACGGGAACAGGAAGCAGAAACACUUGAACUGGAAAUAAAGGAAUUACAAAAAAGUAUAGAAGCUGAAAAAGAGGAAUUGGCAGAGUCCGAAGAAAAGUUGAAAGCACUACAAGAAGGAUCAAAUGAAAUAGAAGAAAAAUUAAACGAAGCGAAGGAUAAUGUAAAACAGAAGCAGUCUCAGAUAAAAGAACAGAAGGACAUUAUUAACAAGCAGAAUACUCAUAUGCAGAAGUUAAUCGUAAAAAAAGAAGAUAUUAUAAAGAAUAGCAAAGAGGCAGAACUAGAAAUUAAAAAAUUAAAUCAUGAAAUUAAUUCCAUUCGUAAUCUAGCUCACGAUUACAAAAAUGAAGUUUCUAAACUUACGAGGGAACAUGAGUGGAUUGAACAGGAUAAGAUGUAUUUCGGGAAAGCAGGUGGUAUGUACGAUUUCAAUGUUAACAAACCUAAUGAAAUGGAACAAAAACUACAAAUGCUACAAUCGAUGCGCAAAAAGUUAAGUCGGACUAUUAAUACGCGCGCUAUCAGUCUUCUCGAUAAAGAAGAAGAGCAAUACAAUGACAUGAUUAAGAAAAGAAAGAUCGUUGAGAACGACAAAUCGAAAAUAUUAGAAACGAUUAAACAUUUAGAUCAAAAGAAAAAAGAGACAUUAUUAAAAGCUUGGGAACAGGUAAACAAAGAUUUCGGAUCAAUUUUCAGUAGCUUAUUGCCAGGAACAAAUGCGAAAUUACAACCUCCUGCGAAUCAGUCAGUCACUGAUGGUUUAGAAGUAAAAGUAGCGUUUGCUGGAAUUUGGACAGAAUCAUUAGGCGAAUUAUCGGGAGGACAAAGAUCAUUGGUUGCUUUAUCCUUAAUCCUGGCCAUGCUUUUGUUUAAGCCUGCACCACUUUAUAUUUUGGACGAGGUCGACGCUGCGUUAGAUCUUUCUCACACGGAAAAUAUUGGAAUAAUGUUAAAAAGACAUUUCAAACAUUCGCAGUUUAUUGUUGUAUCAUUAAAGGAUGGAAUGUUCAACAACGCUAAUGUAAUAUUUACAACUAGAUUUGUUGAUGGAAUGUCAACAGUAUCUAAGAGUGAAAAAAGAAAGUUGGCUCAGGCUAGCUAACUUAAUCAACAUAGAAAGCUAUUUUUGUAACUAAAUAAGGAUUUUUUUAUCUACGAUAAGUAAUUCCAUUUUGUUUCAUAAAUAUGUUUUAAAUAAUACUUCUGUACAGUAGUAGAAUAGUUUUUUUUUAUAUAA